AUGGGAAUGACUUGUGGCACAGUUCCUUCUUCAAACUAUAACAUAUCUUCCUUGUACUAUUUCACUUUUACUCAAAACCAUCUUCAUGGAAACUUACUAGCUGAUGUUGGAUUCACUCUUCCUAACAUUAAAGUAUUUGCUGGUGUGGUCAACAAUCUCAUAGGUUCUGUCCCUGCAUCGCUGUUGAAUAAUGCAUCAAAACUAGAGAUUCUUGACUUCUCCUUGAAUGGUCUUACUGGAACACUGCCAAAGAACUUAAGGGUCUUGAAUAGUUCCAAUGGAAUACAUGGAAAUAUACCUGUUGGAAUUGGCAAUCUUGCUAACCUCACCCUCAUAGCAUUGGAAGGAAACCGGCUAACUGAUAGUCUUCCUUAUUCAUUAGGGACUCUUCCAGCUCAGGUGAGUAAGCUAUAUAGCCUUGGAGAGUUGGUGCUAUCUGAGAACAACUUUUCUGGAGUUAUUCCAUCUUCUCUUGGCAGAUGUAUUAGCUUGGAAAAGCUGCAUUUGGAUGGAAAUUCUUUUGAGGGAAACAUCCCUCAAACUUUACAGAAUUUGAGAGCUUUUCUUGAUAUAGACCGUUCACGAAAUACUUGUCUCGAUUUGGAAAUGAAAAUUUCUUAUUCAGAAAUUAGCAAGUGCACUGGCGGUUUUGGUUUUGUAUACAAAGGAACUCUCUCAGGUGAUCAAUCAAGUGUUGCAGUUAAAGUAUUAAAUCGUCAACAGAGAGGAGCAUUUAAGAGCUUCAUCGAUGAAUGCCAAGUUCGGAGAAGUAUAAGGCCAUUAGACAUGUACUCAAACAUUAGAGCUUUGAAGUCAUUGUCGUGA